AUGGCAGACGACGGAGAGUUCCAUGACUUCUACAAAUAUACUCCAUCCAAGGCAGCCGCAUCGGUAUUCAUCGUUCUGUUUCUGCUGACAUCGACCUUUCAUGCUUUUCAACUUGCGAAGCCACGAGUGUGGUUCUUUAUCCCGAUCGUGGUUGGCGGCGUUUUUGAGAUAGUGGGAUAUGCCGCUCGCAUUGUCUCAAGCACCGAAGCCCCACUGUUCAAGGACACUCCAUACAUUAUCCAGACGUUAUUUCUGCUCCUCGCUCCAGCUCUUUUUGCUGCUUCGGUAUACAUGCUUCUGGGCCGCUUGAUAGCGGCUCUUCACGCCGACCAUUUUGCUAUCGUAAGGCGAACAUGGAUGACCAAGAUAUUUGUGACGGGCGAUAUUUUGUCUUUUGUGGUCCAAGGAAUGGGUGGCGGUAUCAUGGCUAGCGGAACGCCUUCCAAUCUCUCUCUCGGCCAAAAAAUCGUUAUUGGCGGCUUGGUAAUCCAGCUUCUUUUCUUCGGCUUCUUUAUUCUCGCUUCCAUCAUAUUCCAUCGUCGAAUGACCGCAAAUCCAACGACGGAGUCUAUGUCAUUGUGCUUCUCAUGGCACAAACAUCUCUUCGCGCUUUAUAUCGCCUCCGCUCUCAUCAUGACGCGGUCUAUAUUCAGGGUAAUUGAAUAUAUACAGGGAGCUGAUGGAGAGCUCUUGAGCAAUGAGGUGUACUUAUAUGUUUUCGACGCUGCCCUGAUGCUGAUACUCAUGGUUUUGUUAAAUGUUGUACAUCCACGAGAAAUCGCAGAGCUUCUUAACGGUGAUAAAGGGCUGAACUUCGGUGAUUUAGAAAUGCGACGCGGUGGACGCAGGCGAAACAGGCCCGGCGGGACUGGCUCCGAGCAGAACGAGGCCAAUGGUCGCGUCUCUUUCGUCGACACAGCAUACGCGAGGCAUGCCAUUGCUACCAGGGGUCUCGCCUAA